AUGGCUUCGAUCUCCGACUACUUGCAGCCCUUGAUGGAGUUUAUGGCCUCUUUGCCUGAUCGUGAUGAUGCAAAGGUGGUUUUGGUGGGGCACAGCUAUGGUGGGCUUGGCAUUUCUCUGGCUAUGGAGAGGUUCCCUGAGAAGAUCUCGGUUGGUGUUUUCAUCACAGCCUACAUGCCCAACUGUCAACAUCCUCCUGCUACUCUCAUACAAGAAUUCUUUAAGAGGAGCUCAUUACACUCCACUAUGGAUUGCCGAUUUUCAUUCGAUCAAGGCCCAGAAAAUCCACCGACAUCAGUAAUCUUUGGUCAAGAGUACAUGGCCACCAAUGUCUAUCAACAUUGCCAAACAGAGCUCUCCUAUAGUGGACCCUACACCUAA